GGCAGAGCAGAGUGGGGCUGGGUGGAUGGAUGGAUAGAUGGACAGGAUAGCAUGGAGAUGGACAGAGGGACAUGAUGGGUGUUGGUGGCUCGCUGGCUAGAACAGCGUGUGGAUGCAUGGUCUGUGAGUGCAUGGAGCGAUGGAGAGGCUGGCCGGGCAUGGACGGCCCCGGGGUAGCCGGUCACGGUGGGGUCUGUCCCGGGGGGUCGGUCCCGGGGGGGCCGGUGCCGUGUCGCCGCCCGGCGGCGGGAGCGGGGAGUGUGGCGGUGCCACCCCGGAACCCUCCUGCCCGGAACGCUGCUCCGCGAGCGCGGGGCGCGGCGGAGGGCCCGGAGCCGGGCAGACGGAAGCGGGGCGGCCCUUUCCGGCUCCGGCGGCGGCAUGGGCAAGAAGCGAGGAGAGGGGCUGGGCCGCUGCCUGCAGCGGCAGCGCGGCCCGGACCGCCGGGGCGCCGCCUCAUGGCUGCACGCCAGCGAGGUGGGCGGCGAGCGCGGCCCGGAGCUGCGGUCGGCGGCCGAGCAGAGCCCGCUGGAGGAGUUCCUGGCCACCGCCGAGCUGGCCGGCACCCGCUUCGUUGCCGAGCGUCUGAACAUCCAGAUCGUGUCAGCCCAGAGCCGCACGGGCCUCCUCACGGCCCAGGAGGCCCAGCAUGUCCGGCAGCUGCAUGAGGAGAACCGUCAGUUCUUGCGCAUCCCGCGGAGGCCACGUUGGGAUAGGACAACCAGUGCAGAGGACUUGAAGCAAGCCGAGAGGGAGAGCUUUCUUGAAUGGAGGCGACAGCUUGCCCACCUUGAAGAAGAAAAAAAGUUAAUUCUAACCCCAUUUGAACGAAACUUGGAAUUUUGGCGUCAGCUUUGGAGAGUCAUUGAAAGAAGUGAUAUUGUAGUCCAGAUAGUAGAUGCUAGAAACCCCCUUCUGUUUAGAUGCCAAGAUCUGGAAAGUUAUGUUAAAGAAGUCAGCAAUGACAAGGAGAACAUGAUCCUGAUAAACAAAGCAGAUUUGCUGAGUGAGGAGCAGCGGUCUGCUUGGGCACGGUUCUUCGAGAAAGAGGGCGUUAAGGUGGUGUUCUGGUCAGCUUUGGCAGAGUGCAGACGGCUCUCGGGGGAGGCAAAGGAGCCAGACACUGAAGAUGUAGCAGAGGAUCCGAGUUAUUCUGACGAUGAAAGCUACAGUCAAGAAGAAGAAGGUGAUACAGUACAAGAUAGUGCAGAAAGCACGUCCACAGGCAAUGCUUUGCAAACCAUAAACCAAGUUCUGGUUAGUGAUGAUGAUAGUAGUGAUGAAUAUGAAGACUGUGAAGAUGAUGAAGAGGAGGCCUGGCAAACCUGUUCUGAAGAUGAAGGUGGGGACAAAGUAAAUGCUAUUGCCCCAGAGAGGAUGGAAAGCAAGACUGAUGGUGCUGCAGUGCAGCAUGUAGUGCAGGAGCAGAACAGGAACAUCAGGAACUUCAGCCAUCUGGUGCAGAGAAACGAGCUGCUGGAGAUAUUCAAAACCAUGCACAAUGGACCAAGGGUGAAGGAUGGGGAAGUAAAUGUUGGGCUGGUGGGUUACCCUAAUGUUGGCAAAAGUUCGACCAUCAACACAAUCCUUGGAAAUAAGAAGGUGUCAGUGUCUGCUACACCAGGCCGUACGAAACACUUUCAGACCCUGUAUGUGGAGCCUGGCCUAUGCCUCUGCGAUUGCCCUGGUCUGGUGAUGCCAUCUUUCAUCUCUACCAAGGCAGAAAUGAUUUGUUCUGGAAUUCUGCCCAUAGACCAGAUGAGGGACCAUGUCCCACCCAUUUCUCUAGUUUGCCAGCAUAUCCCACGAAACAUUUUGGAAGCAACCUAUGGAAUAAAUAUCAUAAGGCCAAGGGAAGAUGAGGAUCCAGAUCGAACGCCAACAGCUGAAGAGCUGCUAACAGCAUAUGGAUAUAUGAGAGGCUUUAUGACAUCUCAUGGACAGCCAGACCAGCCAAGAUCAGCUCGAUAUGUCUUAAAAGACUAUGUUAGUGGGAAGCUGUUAUAUUGCCAUCCGCCUCCUGGCAUUGACCCAAAUGAUUUUCAGCACCAGCAUCAAAGGUGCCCAGAGAGCAGAACUAUGCAGGCCGGUGGACAGGUGAAGCCUGAGAAGAAUACCAAAGCAAAACAAAUUGAAAAUGUGGUAGACAAAACAUUCUUCCACCAGGAGAACGUUCGCGCCCUGAUGAAAGGGGUCCGGGCUGCAAUGGGAUACCGGCCCGGCAGCGGUCUUGUGCCUGUGACUACCUCCAAUCCUGGCAACGUGGUAGGAAAGCCUUGGAAAAAACACGGAAACAGGAACAGGAAGGAGAAAAUUCGCAGGAUCACUAAGCACCUGGAGGCUUAGCUGUGGCAGCGGUAUCUGGCCUUUCCAGGGCAGAGACUGCAUUGUUCUGCAGGCCUGAACUGAGCAGGGGAGGAAAAAAAGGAUAAGUGAGCAUCGCUAGCUCACCUGGGAGCUCUGUACGAUGGAUUGGCCUGUGCAGGGGAUAAGCGUGGGCUCUGAUAGUUGGAGCUCGUCCCUUCUGAGAACAAAAGAGACCUGUCCAUUCGUGUUAUCUGGAAGCCAGCCCAGCCGUUUGACUGCUGCUGAAACAUCCUUUCAAUGGGAGCAGAUGGAGCCAUGCGGGAAUGUUUUUUUUUUUUUUUUUUUUUUUUUUCCUCCUAUAAAGGAUGUGUUUUAUAGCUGUUGGGAUCAAAGCAGUCCUGUAAAACUGACUAAAAUCUUUAAACAGUUGAAUCUCAAUGAGUGAUGUUUGUUACAUUUUGAGACACUAUUGCUCAUCUUUUUUUUUUUUUUUAAAAACAAACUUGUUUGUUGAUUUGACAGGACACUUUAGUAUGUUGAAAAAUUACAUGAAAGGAUCUUUAUUUUGCCCUCUUUCUUUCCCUGCUGUACCAGCCCUAUUCUGUAGAAUUGGUACUGAAACCACUCAUCUUCCCAGCCUAAACCAGAGCAGAGGAAGGAAAGCCACACCGUGCAAGGAAAACGCUGCUUUUAUGUCCUUCACACUGAGCUGGUAUCAGUUAUUUUUCUGUGUGACCUCCCAUUGGUAUUUUAAAACAUUAGCUCUAUGUGACUGGCCAAAUAUCUGGUGCUAAUUUGUCCUUAAAUAUACUUGAGAUUUUACUUCCUA